AUGGAAAACAUCCCUCCCUCGCAGGCGCAAGCUGGCGACGCCGCCAAGCCUGCUCCCGAAAGUUCUUUCAGCUUCACGCCUAUCAAAGCUCUAGGCGCGCUACCACGUCUGUGGGAUCGCAAGCCCUCUACUCCUAUUCGGGCAGGCGACAAGACGCGCAAGUUGUGGAAGCGCAUUCGCUUCCCCUUUAGUAAUAUGAACGCGACACAAAGUCGAGGCACGUCUAUCGGCGCAUCGAAAAAUGCGGAUUAUCAGCGUGGCGUUAAGCGCCAGUGUGUUGACCCGACCCAGUCGGCAGAGCUCGAAACUGAGGCUGAACAACGUGGGCGGUCUUUCUUGGAGACCAAAUGGGAAAUGGAGGCAUCUCGCAAGCGACGCAAAUUACCGGAAUUCAAUUUCGACAUUCACGACGAGACCGCCCAGGGCAUUUUCAAUUUCGCUACUCAGGCCGAAGCUGCCAAUAACGCUCGCCAAGAUGCAGCUAUAAACGCCUCGCCGCAACCACUCGGUCUGUUUGCGACCAAGACGCCUGUUUACAAUGAUGCCAUGGACAUGGGCCUCGACGGCGUGGCGUCGCCUAAGCCGACAGAUACAGAGUCUGGACCGGUCCAGGAGACAGCUGCAGUGGUCGACAACGCAGCGCCCGCUGAGGCCGUCGACGACUUGACGCAAGAGCAGGAAGUCAAACUAGUGCGAUCGGCACUGCGCAGCUCUCUGGACGGAGAGGAUGCAGAGCUAUUAAACGACUUCUUGUCGAGGGCCAAAGCGAAGCGUGCAGCUAAGGCGGCGCAGAACGAUGUGGAAGUAACUGAGCAAUCCUCCAGCCCAGAGGUGCCUGAGAUCGAAUGCUCAACCCCACGAUCGCGUCGCGCGCUGGAGGAGCUGACUACAAAUUCUCCUUCGCCUAUUAAGCUGCAGAUCUCGCCUAGCAAAUUCAACAUUGCCCGCGCCGAGGCCCAGGAUGAGGUUGUCAAGGACCUUCAGGAAGAGACAGCCCCUGCAAGCCCUGCAUGCCGUCGCAGCACUCGCGCCAAGGCCCCGUCCACAACUGCCCCUGCUGUGCGCAACACUAUCGCGCUCCGCCGUGCUAAAGGAACGGAGUUCAUUUUCCUGCAGCGCACCGAGGCCCAGGAGGUGGCUUUGGCUACGAAGCGCAACACCCGGCUGAACAAGGGCAAGUCUGUAUUCCCUAAUGUCGCUCUUGAAGCUCUGGCUCAGCAGCCAGAGGAGCCCGAAACCAAUGACAAGCCUGCACGCUCAGACCAAAAGGGCCUUAGCAGCCGAUCUACCAAGCGGAAGCAGGUGUCAUGGAACGAGGAGCGCAUGGCCGAGUAUGAAGAAUACAAGGACUUCACGGAUGAUCAAGAGGAGGAGGAGGGCGAGAGAUGCACCAGUGACGUCGGCGCUACACCUCGCCGAUCUAGCAAACGUUCGGAAAAGAGAGCUGCAGCCAGCGACAAUAGCCGUAACCGGACAGAGUCAGAGACAGAGACUCGGGAGGUCGACGGUGGGCCGGACAGCGGCCCGACCGCCCCUACUGCAUCCGCUACUGCACCCCCGCGCUCACGCCGGGUGAGGCGUUUGGGCGAUUCGGGGGCUAUGGGCUCUGGCACCCCAGUGAAGACUGGUCGCACAAGCAAGCCUUCUGCAGCCUCGGCGUCGACUGGCCCUUCCACACCAACCAAGGGUCGCCGCAAGCUUACGCCCAAGUCACCUAGCACGUCCAUGCUCCCAGCACCAACCCAAAGUGGUAUCCCGACUCGGAGCAACAAGGAGAAGAGCAUGCUCCAGGCCAGCGCAGGGUGCACGCCCACCGCUCGCCGGGUCCGAUCAAGAGCUUGA